AUACGAUUUUUCGAGCUGUUCCUUUUAAAAAAAUGAUAAUUAAAAAAAAUACAUAAAAACGUUUCGGUCAAGGGUUAACAUUAACAUAUAGUUCAAUCCUCGAAUUUCACUAAAAAAGAACCGAUUCUCGAACCGACUCAUCACUUCUCUUUGCACUUCCCACUUUAGGUCCGCUUGAUCCACCUUGUUUGAGUGGGUCAUCUCGCUGUAGUCCUCCUGUAGCACUGAAGAGAAUAAACCAUGCAUUCGUGCAGGGCGACUUUACAGAGGUUUUGUCCUCUGGUCAGAUCCUCCAUCACACAGCGUGUAAUCUUACACAGAGACGUCGUUCCUCGGAGGCUCAUGUCGUCGGUUCCUGGUGGCACGGGAGAGAAUCUGGUUUAUCUAGUAUUGUGUGGUGGAGCUUUUGCUGGCGCUCUGACUUAUGCGUACAGGACGGUAACGACAGACAGCGCUCGUUUUACCGAUCGCAUUACGGAGAUCGGGGAACGACCUAAGAGCGAGUGGAAGCCCAAACCAUGGCCACCAAAGAAUGCCGAGGAGUCAGAUGAGGUGGCAGAGGAAGUCAUCAAGGUUGCAGCCGCAGAAGAGGCAGAGCCGACGCCCGUGGAGCUUGUCGCCGAAGUUAAAGCAGAGGAACCGACCCCCUUGGUGGAGAAGGCUGCUGAGGCGGUUGCCGAGGCGGCAGAGGUGGUUGCUGAGGUGGCGGUCGUCGUCGAGGAGACUGCUGAAGAGGUGGCAGCAGUGGCUCACGAGGUGGAAAAGAUAGCAGAAGAGGUAGAAGCAGCAGCCAAGGAGCUGGAAACUCAUCAGCUUCCUGUUGUGGAGGAAGCGACUGCUGAGAUCACUGAGAGCGGUACGGAAGCAGCAUCACAGGAGGAGGCGGUUACAGAGUCAUGAGUCGCUUUAGGUUAAACGCAAACACACACACAGUUUAAACGGAGUAUAGUGAGGACCUGGAGACGAAGAAAAGCUUCCCAAAUAGUUACGAGACUUUGCAACACAAACACUAGAUGCAGUUGCUUAUUUACCAACAUACAGUAGAUGCACCUCUAAGAUGCAAUUAUACAGAGUUUUGUCCUUAUUUAUUACAGAUGGAGAGAAAUCUUGACCUAAAGCGAAACUCCACCAAGGAUAAUUUUCCUUUACUGUAUAUAUACUAUAAAUUAAGGUAAUUUAUCUCCUAAUGAAAUCUAUUAAAAGAGUGAUGCAGCGGCACUUUAGUCUGGCCGAGUGUCUCAUCCCAUCAUCUUUGUACUCUGCUCACGAUAAUACUACAAUUAUCACCUCCGCACUCGUCGUCUCAUAGACGACAGCUCGCUAGCCGAGUCGAGUCACUGCCUUACCUCAUAAACUUCAUUGCAUUCGGGGACUUCGAGUCCAGUAUUCGCACCGUAUCCGUGAAUUCUGUUACCGGUUUUCUUAUUAACGUGAUGCUGAACGUCAGUAGGAAAUGAUUCUUUAUCGAAAAAUGAAUCCUAUCAUUUAUCCAGUGUGUUUGAGAGUGGGUGGAGUUUCUCUUUACGUUUACGUCUCUUUAGUGUCGUGUUUAUUUCACUUGACGAUCUCGAAAUAUGCUGGAAAUAUUCCUUACACAAAAAGAAAUCAAUAUUUUUCUUUAUACUUAUUGUUCAGAACUUCAGGUACCUAUGUUUCUUUCUAUCUUUUUAAACCACAUCAUGCACAAUACCUCUAAAUAGCAAUGUAUGCUAAUAUCAGGAACCUUUGAAACCACUGUGGACUUCGUGCUUCCUGUGAAACGUGACCAAAAAAAAAAAAUCUAGCCAGCAGACUUUCUCUCCUCAACCGUGCCUUAUCCUCGGCUGUACUUUGUCUCUUUGCCAUUUCUCCUUCUCCACUGACGCUCGCUUAAACUUGAUCCUAAACCUGAUCCUAAUGCUAACCUUUUAACCUUCACUUCUCAUUAAAUGCAUGCAAAACAGUACACUUUCUACACGCACUUUUACGGUUGUCGUAUCGUCUUUGGUCUCGUAUCGUCAAUCUCUGUCUAAUAUAUUAGAGCUUUUCUGCCAGAUAUCACUCGGUCGUACACGUCUAUGUCAUACUGUGAAAAUAAAACUGCAUAAAAUCGAACCUUUUGCUCGUAUAAGCCAUACAAGGCUGUGUGUGUGAUUUGUGUGGUGGUGUUUUUUUUUUUUUUUUUCUUCUGUGUGAAUGUGCAUAUACACAACCUGUAAUAUUACACUGUGAAAAAAUUGUAUGCAACUCAUAAAAUUAACAUCAAGCCAAAGUAUUUCUGUUUUCCGUACUGGUAGAGUCCUGUACUCAGAUUGGUCAGGGGAAUUCAAAAGAUUAAUAAAAUGUUCCUAACUCUA